GAGUGGCUGCUGUGUACGUGGCGCUGUUCCAAGAGCUGAGAAUCCAAAAGUAAAAGUCACAGCUCUCCAAAGAGGUCAUAGCCUGUCUGGUAAGCAAUCAGAUAAGUUCGAUGAAAGCGUUAAGUAUUAUUAAGGAGGUGUGAGCACUGGGGGGUCAAAAAAGUGUGGCGAGUACUUCCGCUGGGAUGGCAACUGGGAAGGCUUCCCUGAGGAGGUGACAGUUGAUCUGAGGAGAGGCAGAGAAGAGAAAACCGGUGCGGGGAAAGAAGAAACAUCAACAAAGAGACCAGGCAAGGAGAUAAAGGGAAAAGAGGAAAGGCUCGAUGCUAUCGGCGCUCCCGAAUCCGGCGUCGACUGCUAAGGUCUGCGCGCGGUCACCGCCUCCUCAUUUCCAUCCAGUCCCCUCCCCUCCCCGCGCCUCUGCCGCCCGCCCGGCCUGCGCGAGCUCCGAGGCUUCGGUCUCGCAGCGGACGCCAUGUACCGGCUCCUGUCAGCCGUGACGGCCCGGGCCGCGACCCACGGAGGCUGGGCCUGGGGACGCGGGCGGCGCGCGGCCCACCACCGCGCUGGCCUGCCGCCCCUCGGCCCCGGCUGGGUCGGGGGGCUGGGGCUGGGGCUGGGGCUAGCGCUCGGGGUGAAGCUGGCGGGCGGGCUGAGGGGCGCCGCCCCCACGCAGUCCCCAGGGGCCCCCGACCCCGAGGCGUCGCCCCAGGCGGAGCCGCUGCCGCCGCAGGAGCAGCCCUUCGUUCCGUGGUCUGCACAGACCCCGAUGCUGCCCCCUACCCGGCGCUUCGCCAGAGCCAUCGACAGCAGCCGCGACCUGCUGCACCGGAUCAAGGAUGAGGUGGGCGCCCCUGGCAUAGUGGUUGGAGUCUCUGUAGAUGGAAAAGAAGUCUGGUCAGAAGGUUUAGGUUAUGCUGAUGUUGAGAACCGAGUACCCUGCAAGCCAGAGACUGUUAUGAGAAUUGCCAGUAUCAGCAAAAGCCUCACCAUGGUUGCUCUUGCCAAAUUGUGGGAAGCUGGGAAACUGGAUCUUGAUAUUCCAGUACAACAUUAUGUUCCUGAAUUCCCAGAAAAAGAAUACGAAGGUGAAAAGGUUUCUGUCACAACAAGAUUGUUGAUCUCCCAUUUAAGUGGAAUUCGUCAUUAUGAAAAGGACAUGAAAAAGGUGAAAGAAGAGAAAGCUUACAAAGCCUCGAAGAUGAUGAAAGGGACGAUGGAAUCUGACCAAGAAAAAGAGUUCAAAGAAAAAGGAGGCAAAAGUAACGAAAAGAGUGACUUUGCUAAAGCUAAGAUAGAGCAAGAUAAUGAUGCCAAAGGCCGGAAUUUAAAACCUGGCAAGAAAAAGAAUGAUUUUGAACAAGGCGAAUUAUAUUUGAAAGAAAAGUUUGAAAAUUCAAUUGAAUCACUAAGAUUAUUUAAAAAUGACCCUUUGUUCUUUAAACCUGGUAGUCAGUUUUUGUAUUCAACUUUUGGCUAUACCCUACUGGCAGCCAUAGUAGAAAGAGCUUCAGGAUAUAAAUAUUUGGACUAUAUGCAGAAAAUAUUCCAUGACUUGGAUAUGCUGACAACUGUGCAGGAAGAAAAUGAGCCAGUGAUUUACAAUAGAGCAAGAUUUUACGUUUACAAUAAAAAGAGACGACUUGUCAACACACCUUACGUGGAUAACUCCUAUAAAUGGGCUGGUGGUGGAUUUCUGUCUACAGUGGGUGACCUUCUGAAAUUUGGGAAUGCAAUGCUGUAUGGUUACCAAGUCGGGCUGUUUAAGAACUCACAUGAAAAUCUUUUACCUGGAUAUCUCAAACCAGAAACGAUGGUUAUGAUUUGGACACCAGUCCCUAACACAGAGAUGUCUUGGGAUAAAGAGGGUAAAUAUGCAAUGGCAUGGGGUGUCGUGGAAAAGAAGCAAACAUAUGGUUCUUGUAGGAAGCAACGGCAUUAUGCCUCACAUACUGGAGGUGCGGUGGGUGCCAGCAGUGUCCUGCUUGUCCUUCCUGAAGAACUGGAUGCGGAAGCUAUAAAUAACAAGGUUCCCCCAAGAGGAAUAGUUGUUUCUAUCAUAUGUAACAUGCAAUCGGUUGGCCUCAACAGCACUGCUUUAAAGAUUGCUCUGGAAUUUGAUAAGGACAGAUCUGACAUAUCUUAACAACACAGGUACAAAAUGAGCUGUUUUAUUCUUGUUGUUGUCUUUGGAAACAUGAAUCCCAAAAUACAUGAGGUUUUUAAAAAAUAGAUUUGUAAUAGAGUAUAAUUGAAUGCAGAGAAUUAUGUACCUCUAAUUGCUUACUUUUGUAAUUGUCUUUUAUUGUAGGAUUAGUUCUUUAUACUCAGGGAAGUAACUAUUAUUUUUACUUUUUGAAAAAACGUGUUAAUUCUUGAAUAAAAUAUUCUGA